AUGGGGGAUAACAGCUACGACAACAGCAACCGAGCCUUUCUACAGGCUUUCAUGGGUCGCUCGUCAAUGACCUUUGAAGAAGCCCAGCCUGUUUUAGCAGCAAUUUUCUCUGCUCAUGGCGGGGAAACUGUGGACCCAAGCGAUGUCACCCAAGAGCACCUCUCCUCCUACAUCUCAGCUGCCAACACUGCCAUCUCUCCCUUUGACUUGGAAAUCAGAAGCUCGUUCCGCCAGACACCGAAACCGACAGACCAAGAAAGCUCCGAUAGCCCACCUACAAGAGUAUAUGCCCUUGUCAACACAACCAGCGACCCAAUAACCCAACUAGCGACAACAUACUCCGCAGAUGAGAUCGCUUACGUCAAGCGUCUACUUGAUUACAUGUUUGAUACCAAUAACAACCGGCUAUGCGAAGGAAUGGUCAUAACAUCCAUUCAAGCCCUUAAUAUUCGCUCCUCAGCCGAGGCCAACCGCCGACGCUCGGCCAAUGCGGCAACGCAGCAGAGCCAGGGAGCCGCACAGUCUUUGACGAUGACACAGGCGGAGAAUAUGAUGCAGAAUCUCGUUGCCGAAGGCUGGCUAGAGAAAAACCUGAGCCCACGAGGACUGAUGGAGUUGCGCGGGUGGUUGGUUGCGGAAUACAACGAGGAGGUGGAUGGUGUGCGUAAGGAGCGCAUUAAGUUUUGCGCUGCCUGUAGAGAUAUUAUUACUGUGGGACAACGCUGCGAGGAUCGCAACUGCUUAGGCCGACUCCAUGACCACUGCAUGCGAAACUUUUUCCGUAUUCACAGAGCAGAAAAGUGCCCCGUUUGCAAGAAGGACUGGCCAGGCAACAAAUUCGUCGGCGAAAGAGCAGCCUCGGCUAUGAACCGCAGGCAGCCUAAUCCCAGAGCAGCGCCUGUCCCUACCCCAGCCGACCCAACUGAAGAUGGAGCCGGCACAGUGGAGGCCAAUGGCGAAGAAGAGGCCAGCGGCGAAAAAGAGGCCAGUGGUGAAGAAGAGGCUAACGGCACAGCGGAGGCCAGUGGCGAAGAAGAGGGUGACAGUGACUCGGAAGAGGAUGCAAGCGACGAAGAAGAGGGUUGA